GAGGGACAGGAAGGGACAGGAGGGGAUAGAGAGGGACAGAGGGACAGAGAGGGACAGGGAAGGACAGAGGGGGACAGGAAGGGACAGAGGGACAGAGAGAGACAAAGAGGGACAGGAGGGGACACGAGGUGACAGCCAGCUCUGCUCCCCCAGCAGACCCAAAGGUCACCUCGGUCCGAUCCCACAGCCCGGGCUGGGCACGGCCGCUGACACCGGGCUGGGGGAGGCUGAGUGGCACCCCCCGGACCCCAAUGUCCCCUCGUGUCCCCUCGUGUCCCCUCGCCCCGUCUCCGGGGAAUCCCCUGUUCUCGCAGGUCGUUUCCCAGGUGACCCACGCGGGAAUUUUCCCGAGUUAAAUCCCGCGCGGGAACCUCCAGGAUUCCCGAGGGAGCGGCGCGGGCGGGGCGGGUCCCGGAGGAAAAGGCGAUUCCGCUUCCCAGGGUAUUUUUAAGGCAUGGGAAACUCGCGGGGGUCCCAGGGGCCGGCCCGAGGGUCCUUUCCCAGCCUGCCGGGACUGGGAACGUUCCGGGAGCUCCCGGCGGGGCGGGAAGGGACAAUCCCGGCGCAGGUGGAGGCCGGAGCCGCCGCUCCCGGGGGAUGCGGGACCGGGGAACCGCGGCCGCCGCUUCCCGCCAGCCCCGGGGGGGUCAAUCCCGGGGUUUUCCCAGGGAAAGGCGGGGCUGGGGAUGGGGGGAAGCGGCUCCGUGUCUGUCUGUCCGUCCGUCCGCAAGCGCCCACCCCGAGAGGCUCCCGGGGCCUCACCGGGGGCGGAGCCGGCCCGGGGGUCCCGGCCCGGAGGCAGGAGGGGCCGGCCCGGCGGACACCGCGGAACGGAGGCGCUCCCGGUUCCCCAUUCCCGGUUCCCCAUUCCCGGUCUCCUGAUUCCCGUUCCCCGUUCCCGUUCCACGUCCGAGCUCCCGCAGCGGCGGCACCGAGGAAUCGCUCGGCGCCUCCCCCGCCCCGGUUCCGCCGGUCCCGCCAGUUCCCGGUGCCGGUUCCCGGUGCCGGUUCCCCGGUUCCCGGUGCCGGUUCCCCCUGGUUCCCUGUCCCGCCGGUUCCCGGUGCCGGUUCCCCGGUCCCAGUGCCGGUUCCCCCCGGUUCCCAGUGCCGGUCCCCCCGGUUCCCAGUGCCGGUUCCCCGGUUCCCGGUGCCGGUCCCCCCGGUUCCCGGUGCCGGUCCCCCCUGUUCCCGGUGCCGGUUCCCGGUCCCGGUCCCGGGGCGCUCCCGGAGCCCGUGGCCGCCGCUCUGGUGCCGGGAUCGCCGCCGCCUCCAUCCUGACCUCGGGAAUUCUGCUCCUGCUGCUCUCCCUGCUCCACGCCCUCCGAACAUCCCGAAAUUCCCCAAAUUCCCGAAAAAUUCCCCGCCCGGAGCCUUCCCGAGCUUUGUACGAGAACGACGUCGACGACAAAACCACCGCGGCUCCGGAAUUCCAUUGGGAAUUCCAUGGGGAAUUAUUCCAGCGGGAAUUCUUCCAUGGGGAAUUAUUCCAUAGGGAAUUAUUCCAGCGGGAAUUCCAUGGGGAAUUCUCCUUCCCACCUUUCCCGGAGGGCAAAGCCCGGCUGGGAUCCACCUCCAGCUCCAGGAGCGGUGAAUUCCAUGGGGAAUUCCAUGGGGAAUUCUUCCAGCGGGAAUUCUUCCAUGGGGAAUUCCAUGGGGAAUUCUCCUUUCCACCUUUCCCGGAGGGCAAAGCCCGGCCGGGCUCCGCCUCCAGCUCCGGGAGCGGCGAAUUCCAGCGAGAAUCCCAGCGGGAAUUACUCCAUGGGGAAUUAUUCCAUGGGGAAUUCUCCUUCCCACCUCUCCCGAAGGGCAAAGCCCGGCUGGGAUCCACCUCCAGCUCCAGGAGCGGCGAAUUCCAUGGGGAAUUCCAGAGGGAAUUAUUCCAGCGGGAGCCUCGGGAAUUCGCCCGCACCCACAGGACGCUGGAGGCGGGCUCGGGGCUGCUCCUGGAGCAGGGAAAUCCUUGGAAUGCCAUGAGGAAUUCCACGGGCAGGGACUCCACGCUGGUGUGAGGGGAUUUUUCCAGGAUUUUUUCCAGGAUUUUCUGCUCCUGAGCAACAAAUUUGGCUGCUUUUCCCAUGUUUUUUAUGAGGGAUUAAUUUUUUUCCAUGAUUUUCCUGGGAUUUUCAGCUCCUGAGCAGCAAAUUUGGCCGAUUUUUCCAUGUUUUUUAUGAGGGUGUGAAGGAUUUUUUUUCUUUCUGGGAUUUUUUUUUUUCCCGGGAUUUUUUUUUUUUUCCUGGGAUUUUUUUCCACAUUUUCAGCUCCUCAGCAGCAAAUUUGGCUGCAUUUCCCAUGUUUUUUAUGAGGAAUUCAUUUUUUUCCAUGAUUUUCCAGGGAUUUUCCGCUCCUGAGCAGCAAAUUUUGGCCGAUUUUUCCAUGGUUUUUAUUAGGGUGUGAGGGAAAUUUUUUUUCGGGAUUUUCUUUUCCUGGGAUUUUUUUCCCCAGGAUUUUCCGCUCCUGAGCAGCAAAUUUUGCUGCUUUUUUGUGGUUUUUUAUGAGGAAUUUAUUUUUUUCCAUGAUUUUUCCUGGGAUUUUCAGCUCCUGAGCAGCAAAUUUGGCUGAUUUUUCCAUGUUUUUUAUGAGGGUGUGAAGGAUUUUUUUUUUCCGGGAUUUCUUUUUCCGGGAUUUCUU